CCUGUAUUCUUUAGAGAGCAUGUUUCUCAUCUUUCUUAGGUUAUAUCCAAAGAUUUGGAAGCAGGGAACAAACAUAACCUUUUCUUUUUACGACGUGUGAGCGGACGUAAUAUAUAAAGGAAGUCAACAUGUCUAUCAGACCGAUUUAUAGGCCAACGAUCGUCAAAAAAAGGACGAAAAAGUUUAUUAGGCAUCAAAGUGAUCGAUAUGACAAAUUGAAGCGUAACUGGCGUAAACCUAAGGGUAUUGAUAACAGAGUUCGUAGGCGUUUCAAGGGCCAAUAUUUAAUGCCCAAUAUUGGUUACGGAAGCAACAAGAAAACCCGUCAUAUGCUUCCUACAGGUUUCCGUAAAGUACUUGUACAUAAUGUCAAGGAGUUGGAGGUAUUGAUGAUGCAAAAUCGUAAAUUUUGCGCCGAAAUCGCCCAUGCUGUUAGCAGUAAAAAACGCAAGGCUAUCGUCGAACGUGCUCAGCAACUUUCGAUUCGCGUCACGAAUGCCAACGCACGCCUGCGUUCUGAGGAAAAUGAAUAAAUAUUUUUAACUCUUAAUAAAAUAAGAUCUUUUCGCUA